GUGUCCCACGUGUGUUUUUGAUUUGAAUUUGAAACUUAAAACAAUUUAAUAUAUUGUUCCUAACCUACGUAAAAAAAAUAGUGGCAAAUGGUUACUUGUUAAGUGUAAUUACGUUCUUUUAUUAAAAAUGCCACCUUAUAAAGAAGGACUUAAAAGAAAAAUUGAGUCUGAAAAACCAAAAUCGUCUGCGUCGAAAAUUGAAGAUAAAGAUGAGGAUGGAGGGUCUGAAAACGACGAGGACCUAAUCCGAGGCGUGUUAGACGGCGACGACGACGACGGCGACUCGACGGACUCUGAACACGAGGAGCAACAGGGAACCGCCUCCGACAAUGAACAAGAUGAAGUUUUGUUUAACGAUAGUGCUGACUCCACUCUAGGUGAAGAUGUGUCCGCAGACAGUGUCUCAGGUGAAUCCUCGGAACUGACAGAUUCGGAAGAUGAUGGGACCAGUGAAAGUGAACAAGAUGACGAUGAUGAUGAUGAGGAAGGAGAUAGUGAUAAAACUGAAACAGAAAGUGUUGACAGUGGAGCAGAGUCGGGAGCCAGUGGCAUUGUGCAAUCUACCAAUGAGCCUGAAAAAACUACAGAAGUUACAAAAACAAAACACAAACAGAAACAAAAAGUGAAGCAAGCAAACAAACACACUACUAAAAGCAGCAUAGAUGUAUUAGCUGACAAGAUUAAGGAGACAUCUGUUACUAUUAAACCUGUCGAACAGAAAGAUGAGUACGAGGAGGGCGACUCGUCCGACGAGGAGGGCGGCGUGGUGACGACGGGCGCGGUGCCGGCCUGGUGGUACCGGGAGUACCCGCACCUCGGGUACGACCUCGACGGCCGCCGCAUCAUCAAGCCGCCCCAGCGGGACCACAUCGACCAGUUCCUGCAGCGGUGCUCGGACCCCGAGUUCUGGCGCACGGUGCGGGACCCUCGCACCGGACAGGACGUGCGGCUGGCGCCCGACGACCUCCGCCUGCUGCAGCGACUGAAGGACUCCAUGCUGCCCGACCCCGGCCGCGACGACUACCAGCCCUGGGUCGAGUGGUUCAGUCGCGAGGUGCUGGCCGCGCCCGUGCGCGCCUUCCCGGAGCCCAAGAGCUCCUUCCUGCCGUCCCGCAGCGAGCAGCUGCAGAUCUCCAAGAUCGUGCACGCGCUCAAGAUGGGCUGGACCAAGACCAGAAGAGAACUCGCCAAGGAGAGGAGAAAGAGGAAAGAAAAGAAAUUCUAUAAUCUAUGGGGAUCGACGACGAACGAGGAGGAGGAGAAGCUGCGCGGCAUACACAAGCACAUCCCGGCGCCCAAGAGACCGCUGCCCACGCACGCAGAGAGCUACAACCCGCCGCCCGAGUACCUGCUCGACGACGCAGAGAUGAAGGAGUGGUGUGCGCUGAGCGAGACGCCGUGGAAGCGCAAGUACACGUUCCUGCCCACGCGGCACGCCAGCCUGCGCGCCGUGCCCGCAUACGAGCGGUUCCUGCGGGAGCGGUUCCUGCGCUGCCUCGACCUCUACCUCGCGCCGCGCGCCCUCAAGAUGCGGCUGACGAUCAGCGCGGCGGACCUGGUCCCGAAGCUGCCGUCCCCGCGCGAGCUGCGUCCGUUCCCGACGGGGGAGGCGCUGGUGAUGCGCGGCCACGCCGGCCUCGUGCGCUGUGUGGACCUCGACCCCAGCGGACAGUACGCCGUCUCCGGCGGCGACGACGCCACCCUCAGAGUGUGGGAGACGAGCACGGGGCGCUGCCUGCACACGCACGCGGCGGGCGAGCCGGUGGUGAGCGUGGCGUGGAGCCCGGCGCGCGGGCUGGCGCUGGUGGCGGCCGCGGCCGGCGCCAGGCUGCCGCUGCUGGCGCCGGGCCGCCGCGUGGGGGCCGGCCGCGCCGCCGCCGCCACCGACCGCCUGCUGGCCGCCGCGCCGCCCGCGCACGACGUGCUCAUGGACGAGCGUACGGCGGCGUGCGUGCGCUGGGAGACCGUGACGACCGAAGACUGGGAGCGCGGCGUGCGCAUCCUCGUCACGCACUUCAAGCCUCUCGUGCACGUGUGCUGGCACGCGCGCGGCGACUACCUGGCGGCCACGCUGCGGGACGCGGGCGCGCGCGCCGUGCUCGUGCACCAAGUGUCGCGGCGCCGCUCCCAGCUCCCGCUGCGGCGCGCGCGGGGGCUCGUGCAGUGCGCCGCCUUCCACCCCGCGCGGCCGCUGCUGCUGGUGGCCACGCAGCGCGCGGUGCGCGUGUACGACCUGGUGAAGCAGGAGCUAGUCCGCAAGCUGGAGCCCGGCGCGCAGUGGAUCAGCGCCAUCGCCAUGCACCCCGCCGGAGACAACCUGCUGGUCGCCUCCUACGACCGCAAAUGCAUGUGGUUCGACCUGCAGCUGUCGGCGCGGCCGUACCAGACGCUGCGGCUGCACGGCGGCGCGGUGCGGUCGGUGGCGUUCCACCCGCGGUACCCGCUGUUCGCCUCCGCCGGGGACGACCCCCACAUCGUCGUCUCGCACGGCAUGGUCUACAGCGACCUGCUGCAGAACCCGCUGCUGGUGCCUCUGAAGCAGCUGCCGGGCGGCGCGGUGCGCGAGGGGCUGUGCGUGCUGCAGGUGCGCUUCCACCCCACGCAGCCGUGGCUGUUGGCCGCCUGCGCAGACUCCACUCUGCGCCUCUACACCUAGACAAUAAACCAUCUAU